AACGCUACAUUCGACAUUAGAGCAAUCACCACCGCCUGCGCGCGAACAUCCGCCGAUCUUCCCUCGCUUUCUCUUCUCCCAUUGACCCUCAGCAAUCACAUGCAUGUCGGCCGGGGGCGAACACCUCAAGGAUGAGGGGUCGCGACGACAAGUCGUCCUCGCGGGCGGAAUCGCAGGCCUCUUCUCCCGAUUCUGCAUCGCCCCCCUCGACGUCGUGAAAAUCCGUCUCCAACUGCAAAUCCACUCCCUCUCCGACCCAAUCUCCCACCAACAUGUCACCGGACCAGUCUACAAGGGCACGUUGUCGACGAUGAAGUCGAUCCUGCGCGAGGAAGGAAUUACAGGUCUCUGGAAAGGCAACGUCCCCGCCGAACUCCUCUACCUAGCCUACGGCAUCAUCCAAUUCAGCACCUACCGCACAACGACGCAGAUCCUGGCCACCGAGCUGCCCAACCGGCUCCCCGCCUCAGCCGAAUCCUUCAUUGCCGGAGCCCUGGCCGGCGGCCUGGCUACCUUCUCCACCUACCCGCUGGAUCUGCUGCGCACGCGGUUCGCCGCCCAGGGCACGCAGCGCGUCUACCCGUCGCUGCUGGCCUCGGUGCGUGAGAUCGCGCGCCAGGAGGGCCCGCGCGGGUUCUUCCGGGGCGGCAGCGCCGCCGUGGGCCAGGUGGUGCCGUACAUGGGUCUGUUCUUUGCGACGUAUGAAGCGCUGCGGCCGGUUGUGGCGACGCUGCCGCAGCAGGUGCCCUACUUGCCGGCGGGCAGUGGGGAUGCGGCGGCCGGCGUGGUGGCGAGUGUCUUGGCCAAAACGGCGAUGUUCCCGCUGGAUCUGGUGCGGAAGCGGCUGCAGGUGCAGGGCCCGACCCGGCUGUUGUACGUGCAUCGCAAUAUCCCGGAGUAUCGGGGGGUCUUCAGUACGAUGGCGUUGAUUGUGAAGACGCAGGGCGUGCGGGGCCUGUACCGCGGACUGACGGUCAGUCUGUUCAAGGCGGCGCCGGCCAGUGCGGUGACCAUGUGGACGUAUGAGACUUCGCUGCGGGUGCUUCAGGACAUGGAGAUCGCUGCUGAUUGAGCACGACUCUGGGAGUGGCAGCUAGCUGGCUUGGAUUAUUGAGUCUCGGAUACACUAGACACGUUACGCCAGCUCUUAGAAAAGCAUCUUGUAAAUUAUUCAACGACCUAAUAGAGUUCAUUCACAAUCCACCCUGGCCGUAGUCAGACCGCAGACUCAUUACAGCAUUACAAAUUCCAGAGGCACC